GCCUUCAAUGCCAAUGUUGGAAAGACCACCGCCCAAACGAAAACAGGCUAUGAGCGAAAUCUGUCCCGAGGCCAAACGUUCUUGCUGUAUGUUUGUCAUGAAGCAAGAGUUCAACAAUCUUUUGUCGAAGAAGAGGGAGUUUCUUUCUCGGCAGCGAACGUCAUCAUUGCUCAUCAAUCCUUUAAAAACCGCGGAAAACGCUUUGAUACCUGAAUUUUCCAACUUCUAUCGACGCUUAUCAAAUGCUCCAAUGGCUCCUGAAGAGCAUACGGCACAGCUAUCACUCAUUGAGCAAGUCAUUCAGGAAUCAAUAAUCAUUGAAUGGCCCCGAUGCGUAGAAGGACUUGCCUCGUCAAGUGAAUCAGUGGAGAUUGAUAUGGCACCACUGAUCCAUCGCGCUAGAAGCGUGAUAAAGUGUAGAACGAGUCAUCCAACAAUGAAGAUAAAAGUGUGUGCCAUUAGCCAAGACAUUGACGGCCCUCUACUACCGCAACCAAAGACUGUCGAAGCUUUUUUCCGUGCAUCGCUUGUGAAACUUUCCCAUGAUGGCAGUGAACCAAGGCAAGUAGCAGGCCGCAUGAUUUUAACCCAGCGAGAGGGUACUCCUGCGACGAAGACUUCCGAUCAAAAUGGCGCGACCGUUAGCGAUGGGAAGUUGAUUGCCAGUCAAGCUGCACCUGACACCCAUGCGUAUGUGCUCCUUGAAAGAAUGGGAGAGAGAAAUGCAAGGACCACACCUCUCAAGUUUGACAAUAACGUGCUGUGCGCCACUUUUCCGGAGAUGGCAAUGGCACUGAAUUCAAUGGUAGAUAGACGGCAGCUUGCUACACGAUAUGCGGUUCAAGUGGAGGUAGCAGUAAAUGUUGACAACAAGCUUAUCGUUAACCAUGUACUUCUUUCGCAUCCGUUUCUUAUCGCCAUCACCAAUGAUCAAACGGAACCUCUUCUGUAUUCUAUAUUUUGGAGUCGAAUGCUUACAAAUGAGCACACUGAAACAUCAGAAAUGUUUCGCGAUUGCUCGACUAUUCCCUGGGCUACCUUGCAAGAAGGUGUUAAACAAUACGUCAAGGGACAAAUAGUGCAAGCUCGCAGUCUCCGCUAUCACGAGUUGUGCCAUUUGCAAAGCAUGAUGCUCUUGCCUCGCUUGGUAAGGUGCAAAACGAACGAGGAAUGCGAGUCAUUGGAGCUAGAGCUAUACGGUGAUUCAAAAUGCGCUGACGGAAGCGAAAAACGUAUUCAAAUCCGCGAUCGUUUGCUUGCCGAAUUAGUGCUUCCGACAACACCUAUAGAACGACGAGAGUUUAUGAUGGAUAAGUGCAUUUCGAUCUUGGACAUGACAACGGAGCUCCAACAUACUGUGUGGUCAUGGUUGUUCAAAGCAACUGAGAUGCUUCAAGAUGUAGGGCACAAACUAUGCCCCAGCCCAUUCUUGGGAGACAAGAAAGGAACAAAGACAAAAAAGCAAAUGGCUGCAUGUGAAGAGUAUCAAACCAUGCUUAGUCUUUUCAAUAAAGGGAUCCUCACCCUUGCCAGCGUGCACACGGCACGUCAGAUAUUCAGCGACAGCGCUGUAGCCUCAGAAAACGAUGCGAUGCUGCUAAGAUUGUGCGAUGAGAAUAGCGGCUUCUUUUCUUUUGUCUUCGGCUUUGAAGAAGAAUCUACUAACGUGUUGCGAAUAGGUUCGCUUUCUGCAGAACAGGUAAAGGAUUUCAAGCAAGGGUUGCCGGAAGUUCUUAUGGACGAGAGAUUACCCUCCAAAUAUUCGAGUCUGGUCAAGAUCGAUGUAGAUGAACAAGAGUCGACUAAACUGAAUAUUUCGCUGGCGAGGAAACGACUGAUAUUCCAUACCUAUGAAACCUUGCGGAUGGACAAUAGCGUCCAUGUGCACGAUGAUGAGACUGUCAGAGUCAAUCCUCUCACUGGAGAAAUGGUUGCGAGGAUACCGCAUCCUCCCACUAACUUCUUGACAGCUUCGGAAAGUUUGACUGGAGGAGAGUCAGCAUUCGGAAACCUACCUGCAUUCUUAUCAUUAUUGCAUCAGCAGGUUGCAGUGCCGGUCACUUCGUUUACGGGUGGUUUGAGAGGUGGAUUUGAUAUUCGCACUCUGCUGCGUUCAAUAACCAUUCCCGAAGCAACUGAAGAGUCUGAAUCAGAAGGCGAAGAAGAAUCUGAAGUUAUGGCACCUCAAAGCGGACAAAGUUACACGAACGAAAACAUGCCAGCAAGCGGGAAGUAGAAAAGCAAAGUGGAUACCCUCAGAGCUGAAGUGCAAUCCGAUAGGGA